AGACUUAAAAGCGUCGUUUGUGGAUUACAGGUGCUACAUAUUAGAUGCAGUGGACCGGCAUGAAUCGUCUUUGUCAAAACGUUCAGUUCGGGACUUGUUAAAUGAAGUGGACAUGGAUAAUACCGGUUGUGGGAUACAUGCAGUUCAUCAUUUAUUCCUUAUAUGGCUCUCCGUUUACCCUUUGUGCUCUCAGGGAAGUUGGAUGUGGUUGGGCAUCACAUCUGUAGGAGUGCCCGAGAAGUUGGGUUGCGCGCAUUUGCCCCUGUCGCACAAGCAGAAGGAGCUGUGCGCGCGCAAACCGCAUCUUCUACCGAGCGUUAAAGAGGGCGCGCGCCUGGGCAUCACCGAGUGCCAAACUCAGUUCAGACACGAACGCUGGAACUGCUCGACCCGACGGGACCCGAACGUGUUCGGCUACGAGCUCACGAGCGGGACUAAAGAGACAGCGUUCAUCCAUGCAGUAAUGGCUGCCGGCCUGGUUCAUGCAGUCACCCGCUCUUGCAGUGCAGGAAAUAUGACAGAGUGUUCAUGCGACACAAGCCUGUUGGGCAGCGGGUCGCCUACCGAGGGCUGGCAUUGGGGCGGCUGCUCUGAUGACAUCGCCUUCGGGACUUCAUUCAGCCGCCGCUUUAUUGACAGUGCAGCGAAAAACACCUCGACCCGUGGUGAGGAGGCCCUGCUCAUUAUGAAGCAGCAUAACAGUGAGGCUGGGAGACAGGCGGUGGCCAAAACAAUGUUGACAGACUGCCGCUGUCAUGGCGUAUCGGGUUCAUGUGCGGUAAAGACGUGUUGGCGCACAAUGGCUGCAUUUGAGCGUGUGGGCGCCUACCUGAAGGAUCGCUAUGAAACCAGCGUUCAUGUUGUGGACCGUUCCAAACGUAAGGUGCGACGCAAGGAUAAAGAGCAACGCCAUGUGCCUAUCACCAAAGAUGAGUUAAUCUUCUUCAACAAAUCGCCCAAUUAUUGCUUGGAGGACCGGCGGCUGGGCGUGACGGGGACCAGGGGCCGCAAGUGUAACAGAACUUCGGCCGGGCCCGACGGCUGCAACCUGCUGUGCUGCGGACGGGGAUACAACACACAUGUGGUGCGACAUGUAGAGCGCUGCGAGUGUAAGUUCGUCUGGUGCUGUUAUGUUCGCUGCAGACGCUGCGAGACAAUGAAUGACAUGCACACCUGCAAGUAA